AUGUUUUUACCUGGGUAUUUGUGUCAAAGUAAUGCAUAUAUUGGUCAAAUAGAAAAUGAUUCUUCUAAAGCUAUAUCUUUGAUAUAUACACAAAUUUUUGAAAAUAAAAUGCAAUUUUCUGGUCUUUUGGUAUUAGGAUGGCAAGAUGAAGAUAUAAUUCAUAGACUUUUAAGAGAUAUUUUAUUUAUUCCUAUUUCGAUUAUUAUUAAAUCACUGAAAAUAUUUAUAUAUGAAAUAGGAGCAAUUUAUGUGUCUAAAAUUGAAGAAGAUAAAUGUAUUCUUGAAAUUUAUCAAGAUAACCAAUUGAAAAAAAAAUUUGAAGGGGAAACAUCAAUUGCUAUAUAG